UUCAACCGAAACAUGCUUUGAAAUACCUGGAUUUGACUUAGAAGCUGAAAUGACAAGAUUUGCAUACUAUUUUGUGGCACUCGGAUGUGCGGUCCUAAUUUUAGGAACAAUACAUGUUUCAAUGUUUUCAGUUUCUGGCAUAAGACAAACCAGAAGAAUACGGCAAAAAUUCUUCCAUGCAAUUAUUCACCAAGAGAUGGCAUGGUUUGACUCACACCAAAUAGGGGAACUGAAUGCAAGACUGACAGAUGAUAUUAAAAUCAUCAAAGAAGGUCUUUCAGACAAACCCAGCAUAGUCAUCCAACUAUUCACCACUUUUGUGACAGGAUUUAUAAUUGGACUUAGCUAUGGAUGGAAACUUACUUUGGUCAUCUUAUCAGUUUCUCCUUUUCUUAUGGCCUCAGUUGUUAUGUGGACAAAGUUUAUAACAUCGCUGACCAAUGCAGAAUUGAAAGCCUAUGCCAAAGCAAGUGCUGUGUGUGAAGAAGUUCUCAUGGCAAUAAGGACUGUCUUUGCAUUCAGUGGACAACAGAAAGCUCUAGCAAAAUACAAAGCCAACCUAAAGCAAGCCAAGGAGCUUGGAGUAAAGAAAUCUGUCAUCACAUAUGCUUCAAUAGGUCUAUCAGAGCUUUUAAUAUAUGGCUCCUAUGCUCUUGCAUUUUGGUAUGGGUCAAAGUUGGUUGUGGAUGAGCCAGAAAAUUAUACAGUCGGACAAAUUUUGAUUAUACUUUUCUCAGUGCUGACUGGAGCAUUCUCAGUUGGUCAGGGACUAGCAAACUUUGAAGGAGUUUCAAAGGCUCAAGGUGCUGCUUAUGAAAUAUAUCAUCUUAUUGCAAAGUAUCGUCCUAUAGAUAGCAGCUCCAAUGAUGGUCAUAAACUUGAUAGUAUCGAAGGAGAUGUUGAAUUCAAGGAUAUCCAUUUCAGUUAUCCAACUAGACCAGAUUCAAAAAUUCUUAAUGGUUUAAAUGUGAAGGUUGCAAGGGGGCAGACCAUUGCACUGGUUGGAGCUAGUGGCUGUGGUAAAAGUACAACAAUCCAACUACUCCAGCGUUUCUAUGACCCUCAAGCAGGACAGAUCACUCUCGAUGGGCAUGAUAUCCGUACACUGAAUGUGAAGUGGUUGAGAGAACACAUCGGCGUUGUAAGCCAGGAACCAAUUCUGUUUGCUACAACAAUUGCUGAAAACAUAGGCUAUGGUCGACAGGACGCAACUGAUGAAGAGAUUGAGCAAGCAGCCAGGGAAGCGAAUGCUUAUGAUUUUAUAUCAAUGCUACCUGAUAAAUUUAAUACAAUAGUUGGUGAAAGAGGUACCCAGCUGAGUGGUGGUCAGAAACAGAGAAUUGCUAUUGCACGCGCAAUCGUCAGGGACCCAAAGAUUCUUCUGCUGGAUGAAGCAACGUCUGCUCUCGAUACUCAGAGUGAAUCUAUAGUGCAGACUGCUCUGGAUAAGGCAAGAGCAGGUCGUACAACCAUUGUGAUUGCCCAUCGCCUCUCAACAAUCAGUAGUGCUGAUAUCAUUGCUGCCUUUUCCAAUGGAGUGGUUUCUGAACAAGGAACUCACAGUCAACUUAUGGACAAGAAGGGAAUCUACUAUUCCCUAGUAAAGCAGCAGAGUUCAACUCAGAAGAGUGAUAGCGUUGAAGAAACAGGUGAUGCUUUGGAGAAGGUGAAUGAACUAGAGGAUGAUGAAGUCAGAAGCAUACAUAUGAUCAGCAGGAACAGUUUCAGAAGAAAAUCAAGCAAGAAACUUCAACAUUUUGCUUCCACUGAACCAAAGGAAACAGAAGGGAACAAUGAAGAAGAAAACAAAUUGGAGGAAGAUUUACCAGAAGUUUCAUUUCUACGUGUUCUUGCUCUGAACGAAACAGAGUGGCCAUAUAUCGUCUUUGGAAUCCUCAGUUCCAUUAUAAGUGGUGGUAUACCAGUAGGGUUUGGUGUGGUGUUUUCCCGGAUAAUUAGGGUAUUUGCAAUCAUUGACCCUGAAUUGAAACAAUGGAGGGCUGCUAUAUUAUCCUUGAUUUUCCUAGGUCUGGGCAUCCUCACGUUUUUGUGUUACUGCGUACAGGGUUACACGUUUGGAAAGUCUGGGGAAAACCUUACAAUGAGGCUGCGUGGAUUAUCAUUUAAAGCCAUAUUGCAACAGGAGAUUGGUUGGUUUGAUGAUCAGAAGAAUGCUGUUGGCGUGUUAACAACUCGUCUGGCUACAGAUGCAUCACAGGUUAAAGGGGCUGCAGGAAUCCAGUUUGGUAUUAUUGUAAAGAAUAGCUGCACUUUGGGAGCUGCUAUUAUCGUCUCAUUCGUUUUUGGAUGGCAGCUAACUUUAGUUAUCCUGUGUAGUAUCCCAUUUCUCAUUGGUGCAAAUUUUAUUGCAAUGAGAACAUAUUCUGGACUAUCAUCAAAUAAUAAUACAUUUCUCGAAAUAUCUGGACAGAUCUCAGCAGAAGCCGUGGAGAACAUAAGAACAAUCGCGUCAUUAACAAGAGAAGAUGUUUUUUUUAAAAGAUACAUGGACAGCAUAGACCAACCUGUAAGGGUUUUUACUGUCAUUUUAAUGAGUGCAAUGCAAAUUGGACAAACAUCAUCUUUUGCACCAGACUAUGCCAAGGCUAAAGUUUCUGCACAAAGAAUAAUGCAACUUCUUCAUAGGAAGUCAUUAAUUGACAGCUACAGUGAAGAGGGAGAAAAACUGAGCAACUUUGAAGGCAAUAUUGAGUUCCAAAAUGUGGAAUUUGUAUACCCAACACAACCAGAUGUAAAGGUUCUCCAGGGUCUGAACAUACAAAUUAAUAAAGGACAAACCCUGGCACUUGUUGGAAGCAGUGGGUGUGGAAAGAGCACUUUGGUUCAGUUACUUGAGCGAUUUUAUGAUGUUAUUGGUGGACAAGUGUUGGUAGAUGGGAAAGAUACAAGAAGCCUCAACUUGUCAUGGUUGAGACAACAGAUGGGAAUUGUAUUCCAGGAGCCCUUGCUUUUUGACUGCAGCAUUGCUGAAAAUAUUGCAUAUGGUGACAACAGCAAAGCUAUAACUCAAGAAGAAAUUGAAGAAGCAGCAAAAGCAGCCAAUAUUCACAGCUUCAUAGAAAGUCUACCUGAAGGAUACAACACAAAAGCAGGAGAUAAAGGAACACAGCUUUCCGGUGGUCAGAAACAGAGAAUAGCCAUUGCCCGAGCACUUAUACGGAAGCCAAAGGUUCUAAUCCUUGAUGAGGCUACAUCUGCCCUGGACAAUGAAAGUGAAAAGAUUGUGCAGAAAGCCUUGGAUGAAGCUAGGCAGGGCCGAACUUGCUUAAUCAUUGCCCACCGAUUGUCAACAAUCCAAAAUGCUGACAGUAUUGCUGUUAUACAGAAUGGUAACAUUGUGGAAAUUGGAACUCACAACCAGCUCCUGGCAAAAGAGGGAGUUUAUCAUGCACUUGUCCAUGCACAGCUUCAUAAUUAAUGUGAAACUUGGACAGAUUUACUUUUAAUGGCAUUGAAAUGAAUUUCCUCAAAGUUUCACCCAUGACUUUGUCGGAAAUGUUGUGGAAGUUCUGUGGGAAAUAUCCUUUGUAGAUGUUAAGACUUGAAUCUGAGUUAUUUAAUCAGAGUUUGCUAGCAAACUUGUGUAUGUAAAGAAAAAUAGUAAUUUAAUGGAGACAGUAUAAUUUGCUUAUCUUCAAACAAGUAACAUUUUGAAUAUUUCUCAUGAAUAUUUUCCAUAUUUUUCCUCAAGAAACUAAAACUCAGGUAAUUUGAAUAGUCGUUAACUUGUUCAGGAAUCCUGGGCCAUUUGAUAGCAAGAUUUGAAACAUCUACUAAAAAGCUCCAAUAGUUUUUUGAUCUGCUUUGUACCAUUCUUGAUUCCAGCUGAGAAGUGUGCAUAGUUAAGGCCCAAUUUACAAAUUUUACGCAGCUGGGACUGACUGAGUGAUUUUCAGUAUGCCUGGUCUUUGUUGUUCUGCAAAAGGUUUUAGCAUCUACUUGCCAUCUGACCAUAGUGAUCCAUCUGAAACUGAGACAUUAAUGAAUUUCAAGUUUAAUCCAUGCUAUUCAAUCACAUUACUAGGCACCCUCCUCCUAAAAAAGUACUGUAAAUGGGUGCUUGAUGGUCAACACAUAAUCAGUGAGCUGAAGAGUCUGUUUCUGUGCUGAAUGACUCGAUGAUUUCUCCAUCAUGAAAUCAAAUGACUUGGGCUGUGAUGUGUCUUAAGAUCUCACUGUCUUCUGCAUACCUGCCAUUGGUUGGAUAUGGGUUUCUUCCUCACU